AUGCAGCAAAACAGCGGUGGUAGUGCAGACCCGUCACAACCUGCUCGACAGCGGACGAUGUCGGUGAGUGGCCGCGUGAAAACAGCGCCGUGGCGCACACCGCCCGUCCGCCCUCCCUCAUCCGCUGUCUCCCCCUCACGGGCGAAAAUAUCUAACGAAAAUGGUAGUAGAGAGAAAACAUGCCUUGUGUGUUCGCGUUUGCGCGAGCGGGUGGAGGCCCUCGAGACCUCCCUUCGCCCACCCUGUCCACCUCAGUCGGUCGCCAUCAGUCUUCUCCAUGGCUACCUGCGUCUACUGGUGAUUUAUGCGAUUAUCUCUCGCAUCAGUGCCAAACCAAAUGGCCUAAUGCAGUCGAAGCGCGACGGCUAG